CUACACAUGCUGCACAAGAACCCCAAGCCAUCACAUGCUUUGAUCCCUCCCCAUUCCUCAUCCUCCUCCUCCUCCUCCUCCUCUUAAUCCCCUCCCAACGAGCUUCUUGGAGCAGAGCCAAGAUCGCCGAGCACUCCCAGCUCUUGCACACAGCACACCCAUUCACCCAACCAAGAUCGUGUCGCCGUUUCUUGGCACGGAAAGCUUCGAUCUUGGUUCAUUUCCUCGAGGGGACACUAUGUUGACGAUGGGGUACUUCUGGGCACCCAAGCUGGGCGGGAGGAAGUCGUCAUCGCCGGAGAGGGGCGGCCAGAGCCUACGUUCGGCGCUGCUCGUCGACGGCGAGACGGCGUCGGUGCCCAAGGGGUACUUCGCGGUGUAUGUGGGCGCUGAGGCGCGGCGCUUCGUGGUGCCCAUGAGCCUCCUCUGCCAGCCGGCGUUCCGGGCGCUCAUGGAGCUUGCCGCCGAGGAGUUCGGGUUCGGCCAGGCCGGCGGGCUCCGUAUCCCAUGCCGCGAGGAAGACUUCGUCGCCACCGUCGCCGAGCUCAUGCCCGCUGCCGAGUCCAGGCAGCGCCGCUGGAGCGCGGCCGGGGGCAGGAGGAGCUCCUCGGUGAACUGGUGAUCGAGCUAGGCCUAGCUGGUCGCCCGUCCGACGGUCCCGUACGGUGGCAAGGGGAGAAGCAUUUUUGUUGCCUUAAUUGUUUGGAUGAGUGCCAUGGCCGCGCGCCGACGAGCCGUCGUGCGAUGAUCCAUCACGUCCAUCCAACCGAUAGCAUAUCACCAUUGGUAUUGGUUUUGUUUUUUCACA